UUAUUUUUACAGCAGACUAUAACCUAGAAGCAACAUGUCUCGAAGAUAUGAUUCCAGAACCACGAUCUUCUCCCCAGAAGGUCGCCUCUAUCAGGUUGAGUAUGCGAUGGAAGCCAUUGGACACGCGGGCACCUGCCUGGGCAUUCUAGCAAACAAUGGCGUUUUGCUGGCCGCGGAACGGCGCAACAUCCACAAACUCCUGGAUGAAGUCUUUUUUUCGGAGAAAAUAUACAAGCUCAACGAGGAUAUGGCUUGCAGCGUGGCCGGCAUCACUUCAGAUGCCAACGUGCUGACCAAUGAGCUGAGGCUGAUCGCACAAAGGUAUCUGUUGCAGUACCAGGAACCCAUCCCUUGUGAGCAGCUGGUAACCGCCCUGUGUGAUAUCAAACAAGCUUACACGCAGUUUGGGGGCAAACGCCCCUUUGGUGUUUCGUUGCUGUACAUCGGCUGGGACAAGCAUUACGGAUUCCAGCUGUAUCAGAGUGACCCUAGCGGGAACUACGGGGGAUGGAAGGCCACCUGCAUCGGAAACAACAGUGCUGCAGCCGUCUCGAUGUUAAAGCAGGACUACAAAGAGGGAGAAAUGUCUUUGAAAUCUGCGCUUGCUUUAGCCGUCAAAGUCCUGAACAAGACCAUGGACGUUAGUAAGCUGUCUGCAGAGAAAGUUGAAAUCGCAACCUUAACACGAGAGAACGGAAAGACAGUAAUAAGAGUUUUAAAGCAAAAAGAAGUGGAAGAGUUGAUAAAGAAGCACGAAGAGGAGGAAGCCAAAACAGAGCGUGAAAAGAAAGAUAAAGAGCAAAAAGAAAAAGAUAAAUAAAUGAAGACCCUGGAAGGUGGGAGAAAAGGGUCUGUUUGUACAGAUUUUCAGAUAUGUGCACAUGGG